UGAAGUACUGCAGGAACUCUGCGUACGGAGGUACUGUGGUUAAGUCAGCUUAGAGUGUGUGUGUGUGAGAGAGACAAAGAGAGAGACAGAGGCAGUAACAGCUAGCAGGUGAGGAAACAAUGACACAGAUAAGCGGAAGAGAUACACCUUAAUGCAGAAAAGGAAUCGGAAAGAGCAAGCCACUUCUCUGAGGUGUGGACUGCAAGUGUUCAAGAUAAGGACUGUUCUUCCACAGUAGCAGUUAAAAGUUUUGUCCUCGACGACACUCUCUUCCAGUCAUUGAAGCUCUGCGUUUGCUGUGCAUUUCCCAGCGUUAUGUGCGGUUGACUUCUUAAGAAUGGAAAUGAAGCUCCUGUGCCUGGAAAUGUUGAUGCUGCUGGCUAGUAUGACCUCGGCAUUACCCACGGAAGGGUACUACACGGAUUACGGAGGACGACGGUGCCGGUUGUGCCCCCCAGGACAGUAUCAGGCAGGCUGCAACGAGUGCUCCCCCUGCCCCUCUGGGACCUUCACCUCAAAGUUGAACCGCGAGGACAUGUGCCACCACUGCAACCUGGACUGCAGGAAAGACUUUCAUCUGCAGGUCGUCCAGCCGUGCAGCCCUGUUUCAGACGUGGUGUGCAAAUGCAUCGACGGCUUCGCCUGCAGGGCGUUUGACUCGACAACGGGACAGUGCAGUCAAUGCGACGUGGACGUUCUUUCGACUUUGCCACCUGCACUCACAAAGCACCAGACUGAGACCACCUGUGCACCUGGAAACUGUGACCUUCAAACCCACAGUGUGUCCCCGACAGAAACCGCCCAUCGCGGGCCUGACACAGGGGACAGACCGCUGUGGUGGUGCGUUGGCCUUGUUGUUGUAUUCCUGGUGAUUCUUCUGUUGACGCCUGCUGUCUUUAUGUGGCGACGCAGAGAGGGAACGUGUCUGAAAGAAUUUUUCAAGUUGUGUUCAGUUGGUGGCCACAAGGGGGAAAAUGAGGUUACUGCUGACCAACCCUGUGCGAUAUCUGGACAGCUUUUUUCCAAAGAAGCACACUGGAAUGCAGAAUCAUUGACCAAUCCCAACAGAGAGAACCACGCUGAUCAGCCAAUCAGCAUAGACCAAGCCUCAAAAGUCACUGGCAAUUUGGGUCCAUUCCACAUAUACAGUGCAGGAUCAGUGUUCGUCAGUCUGCUGAACCACUUUGCAAACCCAGAGGGAAAGACGGAGGGAGGGAAUACAGCACAAAAAGAGGAGACCCCCUCUCCCCCUUCUCCCACUUCUCCUCCCAUCCACCUGUCAGAAGAGGAGCGGGACGCAGAGAAAGACUGCAUUUUCUUUCCGUUGCAAGAACAAGGGAAAGAGAGUCACUUGUCGAAAGAGGAGGAGGAGAUUUGUUGUCAACAGAAGGAGAAAUGACAAUCAAAUUAAAAGUGUAUUUAUUUCUAUUUCUCAUAAAUCCCCCUAACUUGUAAAUAUUUCUAUAGGUACUGUAGAUUGUUUGGUUGUCUUUGAAAAUAAUGGAACCAUCAUAUCAAUUAUAAUGUAUAUAUUUUGUUUACUCUUAUAGUAGACAUUUAAUUGUUGUUUAAUAUUCCAAUUAUAUUAAUUU